AUGUCGUCUCCUAAAGAAGGGGAGGUGCUGGUCGUGCCCUUCCACAGCAAGGGCCACACUUUCCCGGCCAUCGAGCUGUCCCACCACCUCGCCGCCCGUGGCCUCUCCGUCACCCUCUUCCUCCCCUCCCUGCCCAGCUCUCCCCUCCACGACAUCGUGACGGUCCACCAGUUCGCCGCCCCUCCACCGCCGCCGCCGACGGACACUGCGGCCGCCGACGGCCACCCGUCUCCUUCCCCUCCGCCACAUCUCCAUCGGGACCCCGCAUUCGAGGAGUACCUCUCGAGACGAUCCGGCGCGUCUCCUCCCUUGCUGUGCGCGAUCGUGGACGUGAUGAUGAGCAGCUACAUCCCUUCGUGUGAUAGCCUCGGUGUGCCCGUCGUCAGCUUCUUCACGUCCAGCGGCUGCGCCGCCGCGCUGGAGCACGCCGCCUCCAAGCUCUCAGAGGAGGAUCUGGGCCCAGAGGGAACUCUAGCUGUUCCGGGACUCCCCGAGGACAUGGCCCUCACAGCGUCCGAUCUACGACAGGAUCCGCCGCCGCACGGCGGCCCGUCGUUACCAUGGGGCCCAUCCGAUGGCGGCUCGGCCCCGCCAUUUUGGCCACCGCCGCCGCACGGCAGCCCGCCGUCACCAAGGGGCCACUCCGAUGGCGGCUCGGCCCUGCCAUUUUGGCCACCGCCGCCGCCUCAGUUCCAGCAGGGUCACUUCCCCAGCCGUCCGCCCCCUCAGCAAGGCGCCGCUCCUCCGCCGCCCCUCAUGCCGCCCUGUGCCGAUGGCGUACCGGUGGCGCAGGGAGGGGGGAGAGGGCCACAGCGCGGGCUCGGAGAGACGAGCAGGGUGGCGGCGCUGCUGUUCAACACGUGUGACGCGGUGGAGCGCCCAUUCCUGGAGUACAUCGCGAAGGAGUCCGGUAAGCCGGUCUGGGGGGUCGGCCCCCUCCUCCCCUCCCGAUUCUGGUCGACCGCCGACGAACCGGUCGGAGACGAGGCGGCCCGGCCGGAGGAACAGCGGGAGUUCGGGGUCGCCGACGGCGAGAUCCGUGCGUGGCUGGACGCGAAGCCGCCGGCCUCCGUCGUCUACAUAUCCUUCGGCACGCUCGUCGGCCCUGCCGAUGAGGAGCUGGAGGAGCUGGCGGCGGCGCUGGAGGAGUCCCGCAGGCCCUUCAUCUGGGUUCUGCAGGCUGGCCCCAUGGGCCCAGGGGGGCCCCCGGGCGGCGGCGGCGGGUACUUCCCGGAGGAUCUGGCGAGGCAGGCGGAGGAGAGCCAACGCGGGCUGGUAAUCCGCGGGUGGGCCCCGCAGUUGAUGAUCCUGAGCCAUCCUUCCACGGGGGCCUUCCUCAGCCACUGCGGGUGGAACUCGACGGUGGAGGCGCUGGCGAAGGGGGUCCCCAUACUGGCGUGGCCAAUCAAGGGGGACCAGGUCUCCAACUCGAAGCUGGUCACCGCCCGGCUCAGAGUCGGCUACCCGGUCCGAACCGCCUCACCCGAUCCUGGCGAGCGGGUUACGAGGAGAGACGUGACGAGGGGGAUCGAACGGCUGAUGGCGGAUGAUGGGGUCAAGGAACGGGCGGCCGCCGUCCGCUCGAUCUUCGACGCAGGCUUCCCGAGGAGUUCCGCCGGCUCACUGGAUGCUUUCGUGGACUUCCUCGGACGGAAUCUCGAACCGCUAGGGAGACGGAAGUAG